CAGAGUGCCUCCUUUCCGUUGUGCGCGGCAUCGCCCCGAAGCACCAGCGUUGGCGGUAGAAAUCGGACGCAGAUGGUGCACCUUUGCGCAGAGACUGGCUUCACGCUGAUAGCGUGCACAAAGGCAGCGGCUCGCAGAGGAACUUGUUCGGAGUGAGCCGGGGGACACUGGGAGGCGAAACAAACAAUCUCCGGACUCGAAGUAGCCCGGCGCCGCGCAGUUUUUAACACCCUCCAAAACGCAGGAUUCCUCCAUCCCAGCCGGGAGAUCCAAGGUUACAGGUGUGUGCUGGUAGUGAAGGUGUGGUGCAGCCUGAUGAAGGCCCAGAAGCCAGCUGGGAGGAAGAACUCUCACUGUCUCCACAGACAGUGUGGUGGCCAGAUGGAGAUGGAGGUCGGCCAGCACCAGUCGGACUCCCAGUGUGGAGGAACAGACCCGUCUUCUGAUCAGGCUCAAAUCCAAACCUCUUGUUCAGCCGAGGCUGCGUCAGAUGACUGUGAACUGAGGCAGAAUCGAGUGGACAUCGAGGAAAGAGGAUUUUCUCACGCCAGGUCCCUGCCCAAGUCUCUGUGGAAGCCCAUUCCUCCACUGCAGCUCGAGCUGGGAAACCACGGGAGCAGCGCCACUGCGACCAGGGAUCAAAGCUGCCAGACUGAAGACGAGCUUCACCAGAAUGGAGCCAGCGGCUGCCCUCACCACACAGGUUACUGUGUGGAGCCUGGAGACCCUCCUCUCCUCCAGCAGCCUCUGCAGACCUCCAAGUCUGGAAUUCAGCAGAUAAUUGAAUGCUUCCGUUCAGGCACCACCCAGCUGAAGCAGAUGCUGCUGCGGGAGGUGGACACCAUCUUCGAGUGCAAACUUUGUCGCAGUCUGUUCAGAGGGCUCCCCAACCUCAUCACACACAAAGAGUACUACUGCCUGUCGCGGCUGCCCGAAUCUGACGGUGAUGACAGACAGAGUGUAGCCAUUAAAGACCUGCUCGAUGCCAUAUAUCCGAGGGUGGAGCAGCCGGACUACGUGGUCCGACUGGAGCCCAUCCAGACCAGCACCAAGGCUGUGUACCAGUACGUCACCACAGAAGAGGAGCUGGCAAGAAAUCCCUCACAAACACCCAGUGCCAGAGAGAGCCCAGUAGCUUGGGAAAGAGGACCGGAGGAGAGUGUAGACGACAACCAGCCCACCCAGCCGGCAGGGUCGGACAGCCACAGCAGCCCGGGCCACAGCCAGGGUCAGAAAAGAUGGGAGGCUGAGGAGGAAGCUAAAGAAGAGACACCACAGCCUGAAGAUGAGGAGUCCAAUAGUGGGGUUGAUGAUGUGACAAUUUCUUGUUGUCUGUGCGGUCAAGAGUUCAACUCGCGCCGCAGCAUCAGGCGCCACUGCCGCAAAAUGCACCAGACCAAACUUGAAGAGCUCAGAAAGUUCACAGAAACGCGGACAGUUCCCACAAGUCUGCUGUCGAUGGUGAAAGGUCGCCCAAGAACGCUCACCUCACCGACUGGAAAAUCCUGCCCCGUCUGUUUCAAAACGUUUGCCACGAAAGCCAACGUCCGCCGGCAUUUUGACGAAGUGCACCGCGGUCUACAGAGGAACACCAUCACCCCCAGCAUCGCCUCGCGGCCCGGACAGCUCUUCUCUCUGGACGUUUCACUACCCAAAAAGAGCAACAACGCCUCGCCAACACGCACCCAGAACCCAAAGUCCACCCCGGUUAACCCGAAAACCACGUCUUCAACCCAAACCCAAGCCAAACCGCAGAGUUUACUUCCUGCCUCGCCACAGUCCAACCCAGCUUCUUGUCGCUGCACGCUCUGCAAACGCAACUACAGCUCCCAGCUCAUGCUGAAGAGACACAUGCGCAUCGUUCACAAGAUAUACAGCCUCAAAAGUAAGAGAUCUGCAAACGCGCCGCCUUUAACCACGACAGCACCCAGCCCAAACAGCAGUGCUGCUAGUUCUGCCCCUAUCAACAGUAUCCAAGUGAAAGAAGAAGCAGUAGAAUCCUCAGAUGAGGACAAUGAAGAGGAGAUGGACAGCAGUCCAGCCCCAUCUCCACGCGACAGCACCGGGACAGGUAAAAGCGUCCCGGCGGCCAAGAACACCACCAAAGUGAAGGAAGAAGAGGCACCGUCCAGCCCGAAGUCAACUGCCUCAAUUUCGGGAUUGACCAUCCGCGGAAGCAGCAGCGUGUGCAACAGCAGCGUGAGCGUCAAAAUGACCAAACUGUCGGUGGGUUUCGACUUCAAGCAGCUGUUCUGCAAACUGUGCAAGCGGCAGUUCAGCUCGCGGCAGAACCUCUCCAAGCACAUCGAGCUCCACACGGACGGCAAUGACAUCUUCAUCAAGUUCUACCGCUGCCCCCUCUGCCGCUACGAGUCCCGACGCAAACGCGACGUCCUGCGUCACGUGACCGUGGUCCACAAGAAAUCCUCGGCGUACCUGGCGAAGAUCAUGCCCAAACUGGAGAGCAGGGCGGUGAAGAGGCAAGCCGAGGCCGUCCUCAACAGUUCAAACCCAAACAAGAGGAGCACCAAGGAGGAAGUGAACGGGCGCCACACCUCUUCUUCGUCCUCACCCUCGCCUCCCGUCACCCGCAAGCAAGACCUCCACUCGUCUUCGUGCUCCAGCCCCGCCCCGACCACCUCGUCUGCCUCCUCUUCCUCCUCCUCCGGGGCGCCCGUCACUCGGAAACAGCAGGUCCUCUCAUCUCAGACCGUCACUCCGUCUCCUCCCGUCACCCGUAAGCAGGAGCGCCAGCAGAUGCAUCAGCAUCGCCCCGUCAGCCCGCCGCUGACCCGCCGUAGUGACAAACAAGCACACCAGCGCAUCUCCGUCUCGCCCCCACACACACGGCGCCAUGAUGCCCAAUUGGAGAGCAGCGGUUUCAGCUCAUCCACUGAAGUCAGGGUGACCAAAAACUUCUCCCUGCACGCCUGCGACCAGUGUGGACGAGCGUUCGCCAAGAAGUUGUAUUUGGAGUCUCACAAGCGAAGUCAUCGUAACGCAGCGGCGGCAGCAGCCAGCAGGAGGAAAGGAGUCAGCACUCGGUCCAAAUCUCUAAUCUGGUGAAACACAACUCACCUGGGAUUAAUCCACCAGUGAGCCACUGCAGAGGAAAAACACGAAUAAACAGACGGAGCACAGACGAGAAAUGAAGGAAUGAAGAGGAAGAAUGUGACGGAGGAGUGACUUAUGAAGGAUUUUUCCACGUUUUGCUUAAGAACCAAAUGUAUUGUUGGAAUCUGACGCUUUGGUAAUUGUUUUUGUAUAGAGAUUAAAUAUAAAAGCAGACAGCUGCAGUGCACAAACUGACUGGAUGAUGGCGCUGCUAUCCACAUGAAAGACUGUGGCGAAGGUUUCCUCCUGCUGUAUGUCCGCGUUUACGUACCGCCGCAUGGAAGCGUGGAGCCGUACGCAGUUAACUGAUUUACACUGCUGUAGUAAACGGCCCUCAGUCAGAGAAGGACAAUAGACUUGAAGAGUGUGUGUGUGUGUGUGAGAGAGAGAGAGUGAGAGAGAACCAGAGCUGGAUGUAUGUCUUAGGAAAUGAACUGGAACAAACCUUUUUUUUUUUUUUUCUUUCAUAGGGAAAUGGGAAUCACGGUGUACAAUCAUCCAGAUACACAAAAGCCGUUGCAGUAUUUGUCGGUUUUACGUCAAACUUAAAUGGAAGGGUUUUUUUUGUUGUUGUUUUUUUUUCACGUAUCUACUGAAUUAGCUCUAUUAGCAAAUCACUUUAAACGGAAAUCAUCCCUGACUUUAUUCCCUUAAACAUUCCACUCAUAACUGGAGCUGUGUUUCUAAGCAGAGACAUCGCAGCCUUUCCCAAGUCUCACUUCUUGCCUUAAUGUUA